AUGAAUCAAAUGGAUAUAUUUGGAACUUGUUGUAAUUUACUCGGUUGUAUUUCGACAGUAGCAAACGAAGUUCAUAAUAUCUGUAAAAAUGCUAAAGAUAAUCGGGAAAAAUAUGAGAGAAUAAGUCAAAGAAUAGAAACAACCACAAGUCAACUAAGGACUCUUUAUGUUCGUUUAUUAAAUGGUGAUAAAAAUUUCAAUCCAAAUAACGUGCAUUUUGUUGAUAAUCUUCAACGCUAUUUAAAUUCAGUAACUGAAAUUAGAAAUACAGUUAAAAAAUAUGAUAAAUUAAAAAAAAAAAGUUUUUGGCAGCUUGUAAAUGCAAAUAAGUAUAGUGAUAAAAUCAAAAAUCUUGAAAAAAGGUAUGAAAGAGCUUUGGGAGAUUUAGAUUUUACAAUCAAUAUGGAAAAUUACAAGUCAAUUGAAAAUUUAGGCAAUCAAGUACAAGAUUUGAAUGACACAGUUCGAAAG